AUGACAAAUUGGAGAAGGCUAGUAGAAAUGCUUAUGGUGGAGCAUAAUAAGAUUUCUAAACUACCAAACCAUCCAAUUGAUCCUAAUCCUUAUACCAACAACCACCAAUAUCAACAACCACCGACAUCAACAACCACCAAUAUCAACAACCACCAAUAUCAGCAACCACCAAUAUCAACAACCACCAAUAUCAACAACCACCAAUAUCAGCAACCACCAAUAUCAACAACCACCAACAUCAACAACCACCAAUACCAACAACCACCAAUAUCAACAACCUUGACUACCAUCAGCAACCAAUAUCAGCAACCACCAAUAUCAACAACCACCAAUAUCAACAACCACCAAUAUCAGCAACCACCAAUAUCAACAACCACCAAUAUCAACAACCACCAAUAUCAACAACCACCAAUAUCAUCAACAACCAAUAUCAACAACCACCAAUAUCAACAACCACCAAUAUCAACAACUACCAAUAUCAACAACCACUAA